ACAAGAAAAAUUUGACGGCAUCAUCACAUGGUACUUUGAUGCUGUCGUGCAAUCGUUUCCGAUCCUACUUCAGAUCUCCCUUCUUCUCUUUGGGAUCGCCCUCAGCGCCAACACGUGGUAUAAGCAGCACAGCAUCGCAUGGGUCAUCAUUUCGACAACGGUCUUCGGAUUUCUAUUCUAUUCCUUGACUGUGAUGGCAUCGUUGAUAUCACCCGCGUGUCCAUUUCAGACGCCCGUAUCGACGAUUUUGCGCGUGUUUCGCAUCGACAGAGUACUACGGCUGGUGUUCAAACUAGCAUCCAGGUAUUUCCAACAGUUCACGACCUCGGUUUACGGUGUGCUGCAGCGGCUGCGUAGUACCCUCAGGUCCAAUUGGGCUCGAUUAUCUUGGGCACUGGCAGACACUGCGUUUGCGGUCGGCUCAUUCGCACAGGGCUGUCUCCACCCAUUAUUCGGUGCACUUCGUCACCUGAUAUCCUCCCUGGGUUCUUUGAUUCUGCCCUCCCGGACAAAGGUCAUAGACUCUGAAGCACAACCGCUGGACCAGAGCGUGUCAGUCAAUAAUCAAUCUCCCCUUAACCUCAACCUCCCGGACAUACCCACCAGCUGUCUCGAAGCACCUAGCAUCCUGUGGCUGCUCGAGACAUCCACUGAUCCUGAAGUAUUUCUCGCCGCUGCUAGCCUUGUUCCGCAGGUCGAAUGGCCCCUGGAUCUUGACAUCUCAGACACGCUGCAUCAACUGUAUGAUAUUUAUACAAACUGCUUGGAUGUUCAGCGGCACAUUGUACCGUCGUUGAAGGAGAAGGCAUCGGCAUGUAUAAUGGCUCUGAGUCAUCUAUACUGCGGACGAGUUCUUCGGGAACAUCCCGGCCAUGGUGAAUUUCUUGUCCAGGGGAGCAGAGACUAUCUGGUUUUGGAACGGAUGUGGCGUCAGUGUGCGUCCACAGAUAAGGCGGUGCUUAUGACGGCUACCCAGCUGUCUGCUCCGGACGGUCAUUCAAUCUUGUGGUACCCUUUACAACACCUACUGCCGGCCGGUUCCGACUCUGUCGCUGAGCGGUUAUCACAUGCUCUGCCUUACCACUUUUUCACUGGAAAAGCGGACGAAGACAUAGAAACACUCGCCAUAGCAGUGAUAUCAAAACUGCUAUCCUCUCCAUCUCCGCCGACUCAGAUCAUAGCCAAUUGCGCACUUCUUGCUUGCAUCAUGGUCGGGGUUCAGUUUGACAAGAAGGACAUAGUUCGGAUUGAUAAAAGUUCUGCUCUGCCUCGACUCACGGAGCCUCUCUUGCAGCAGUUCCAACAGGCUCUCUGGGAAUGCGAUCUAGGCGAUCUCGACAGCGACAGCACAGGAGUUGCACGUCGACCAUGGCAACUCCUCGAUGUCAUCUGUCGCAUGCUCAAGCUUGUUCCAUCUUAUGACCGUUCACUCCACACGAUGCAGAACCUGAACGUGUGCAAGAGGAUUUAUUCACGAGUGAGGUCAUCCG